AUGAGUGGCUUCGACCCAUCGUCCCUCCUGCAAGGGACCAGCUUCGAGCCAAACCAGGUUUUGCGAGGAGCGCAACUCACGCUUGUGGGAGCAAACCGCGCUUUGCAGAAUCCUGGACUCUUCACCAGCGAGCAUUACAAGCAGGCGGCUUUGGCGGUGGUAGCAGGCAUUGCCAUCCGCAUUCUCGUCGCGUUGCCGACAUUGGGCAUCCGCUUCCUUCUUACCUUCAUCGGCCUGUUUAAGGACCUGUCCCACUCAACCUGGGAUGAAGAUGUCAUCGAAGUAAUCACCUACGUCGAGCACCAUGUGCUUCAGGUACCUUUCUUCCUCAUGACGUUCAUGAGAUUCCUUUCUCCUGCUAUGGACCACAUGUUCAUGGACUCUCUUGCCUGGGUUGACCAAACCUACGUGAAGAAGCACAAGGGAGAGAACCCAGACGACCUGCGAGCAAUGUACCAUCCAAACCUCAAGAUGUACGAGGACGCCCACGAACGCAGAGAGGGGUAUGGCGACGGGCAUAGCAGGACCUACGAUGCAAUGCUCGCCUUCGGAUGGCGCUUCGGCAGAAAAGCAGUGCUCUCUCUUGCAGUCUACCUCGCCACUUUCGUGCCGUACGUCGGUCGCCUCGUCCUGCCCGCAGCCAGCUUCUACACUUUCAACAAUGCUGUUGGCACGCCAGCAGCAGUGGUGAUCUUUGGCAGCGGCUUGAUCCUCCCAAAACGGUACCUGGUCAUGUUUCUGCAGAGCUAUUUCUCGAGCCGGAGCUUGAUGAGAGAUUUGCUCGACCCGUACUUCUCUCGCAUCCGCUACUCGAAGGAGCAAAAGAAGAAGUGGUUUCACGAGCGCGAGGGUGUGCUCUACGGCUUCGCCGUGGCCUUCUUCGUCAUGGUGAAGAUCCCAUUGGUGGGCGUGCUGGUCUACGGCAUCGCAGAGGCGUCUACAGCCUACCUGAUCACCAAGAUCACCGAGCCUCCACCUCCGCCAUCCGAGGUGAAGGAGUUCAGGGAGAAGGACGUGCAUUGGGAGAACAAGCACGAGUUCGUCAACUUACCACUUGACAAGCUGGAUAAGUUCAACAUCUCGGCAAAGUACCAUGAGAAGCUGAGACCUGAUGCGACGAGCGAGAUCAAGGGGCGCUCGUUCACAUGA